AUGAAUGAUAUCAGCCCAGCCCUGCCCGGCCCUGCUGUCGCGGAACGGAUCAUCACAAGCGGGGGAGACACAGAGGGCCCGGCUUCUGCACAGCAAGGCACCGGCAGUUCGUCACAGCAGGCCUCGGGCCGUGUCGUCAAUAUACCGGUGCACGUGUAUUACUUCUACUGUUACGAGGAUUUCCAUUCCUUGAUUCGCACUUGGCACGCUCCAUAUGAACGCCUCUCCUUCUUCUGUAUUCACGGGGUGACCGUUGCACGGCAUCCGUAUCGACACCUCCCACUCGGGUGUACCGGCAGCUGGGCCAUUUAUGUUAGUCGGCAGCUGCAGGACAGACGACGGAUGGCUCCUACCUGCCCUUUCCUGGUGCUGGCGCCCUCCGUGGUGCUGAAAUCGGACGCUGCCGUGUACAGGACGGUGCCCCAGUCCACAGCUGUGCUGCUCGGCCACGACGUGACUCUGAACUGUUCCCUGUCCGGACUGUCCGAGCAGGACGUGGUCAACUGGCACUGGUACAACCGGGCUUCCCAGGCCAAACAUCACCACAUCUCGGCCGGGAGUGUAGUGGCGCCCGAGUUCACCCGCUACUCCAUCGUGGGCGACACGGAAGAAGGAGAGUUUAACUUGAGGAUACAGAACGCCCGGCUGGAGGACGAGGGGAAGUACCAGUGUAGCGCCUUCUCUGUCGAAGGUGCAACAACCGUGCAGCUGUUUGUUAUCGUUCCACCAACAGUCGUUAGGAUCACGGGAAACCUGACUCCGCGGGUGGUGGGUGAGGGGCUGGUGCUGUCAUGCCGCUCGGAGGGAGGGAGCCCCAUCCCCCGCCUGUCCUGGUACAACGGCACGGUGCGCAACCCCCAGUCCGACCACGCCUUCAUCAUGGACGCCGAGACUGCCACGGUGGCCGUCAACCUGCUGAUUCCCUCGCUCACCAAGUGGGACAACGGAGCCAACAUCAGCUGUGUGUCUGACCAGGGCUUCCCGGGCACGGUCCAACCAAAGGCCGCCUGGACAAGUCUGGUGGUGUACUACCCACCCGUAGUGACUCCGGAUCGCCCUGCAGUCCGAGUGGCGGAGGGACAGUCUGUCCAGCUGUCCUGUCACGUGAACAGCAGUCCCGUCACGCACGUCACGUGGACACGGCUGACCAAUGGCGAGCCGACAGACAUUGCACACAGCUCUGAUGCCCUCCACAUGACGAACGUGUCCAGGACUGAUGCCGGGCUGUACGAGUGUCAAGCCGACAACGGCAUCAAACCAGCGGCGGCAGCAACGGUCCUUCUGGACGUCUCGUAUGCUCCUACGAUACGUAAGACGUUCGACUCUGAGAUCAGCGUCUUGUACGGCCAAGACGUCUUGAGACUGGAGUGUGUGGCUGACGGGAACCCCAAACCUCGGGUGUGGUGGAGACGGAACGACACCAACAGUCUGUAUGAGAACCCGCUCACCCUGUCUCCCAUGGACUACAGAGCGGAGGGGCUGUACGAGUGCGUGGCGCUGAGUGCUGGGUUCAUUGGCACCAGACGGAGAACCUUCAUAAACGUAAUAGGAAGACCAGACGUGCUGGGCGACACGGCCUCCAUCUUUGCAGACGAGGGACAGGAAGUGACGUUGACGUGUGAGGUCAUGUCCGACCCGCCCGCCGACCCCGUCCAGUGGGUGUUCCGGAGUCACAGCGGGGACGAGAAGCGCCUGGAUCCCGGGAAGGACGGCCGGGGCGUGAAGGUGAAGACUGUGGCGGGAGACACCAGACAGGACGUCCUGACUAUCUGUAGGAUAGACGCCUCCUACACGGGAACGUACGUCUGUAAGGCAACUAACGUGUUCGGGACGGACCAGAGACAGUUCAGAGUUCACAUCAAAAGUAAGCUGUCACUCCACUUCUCUAGCAUGUUGCUGAUCGUGACCCUCUGUACCUCCGCUGCCGCCGCUACUACCGUGCUGAUCAUCCUCGCCUUCUGCCUCCAUCGGCUGGUCAACAGAUUCAAGCGUUCUGAUGUUCCGGCAGACUCGAGAAACUGUGGGGGUUCGGAGACAGACAAGACUUCCAGUGACCUUUCACCCGGUCCGAGGUUGGAAUCGUCUAAGGGCCCAGACCGGCCGAUGAAACAGCGGACCUGUUCAACCCUGCUGUCCGACAACAACGUGUCAUGUGACGAGCUGGUCUUUCCGUGGUGUCCAGGGCAUCAUCCUAACCACCCCCGUGUAAGCAGGCAGAGGCAACUGGAGAGUGCCAUGAAAGCCAAAUAUCUGGCUGAAACAAGGAAAGUGGCGACCAGAAGACUGGAUGACGCAGAGAUGAUGCGUGUGUUCAGAGCGGAUCCCACUGCACACGUCGAGAUCACGGACCAAAUCUCACGAGAACGUGCGAGACUUUCGCCCUGCAAGCUGCCUCCAGACCCAGGGCGGACCAAAGAAAACUUUGAAACUAUAUCGCACCCUGCAUCUAAACUCGAUUCGUUGGUUGAGAAGGGUGGAUGUAGUGUAGAUAGCGGGGAUAUCACAAGAAAUGAAAACGACAGACGCCCCAGAUCAGGUUGUAAAUCUCGACACUGUAGAUUGUUGUUCAGAGAGACAAGCGCUGCAGAUACAAAUCCGGAAAUGCGGGUAGCCGGAUGUUCAUAGCAUAUAUUGCAAUAUAAAGGACAUAAAAGCUAAAACUCUUGGAAUCGUACCCGAGGGGAACAAAAGCCUUUUAUAUGACAACGGAGUGGUGCAAAGUAACUGGAUUAGAAAGCCACAAACUGUCAAAAAAACGUACUAUCAUAAAUGUGUUAUGUAGCGGCGUGUUGGACGAUUUAAUGCACCCACCUGUGUAAUGUGCAGUGGCCAUGUUUUCUGAGGUACAGUAAACGUAUUACAAGCAUGAACAAUAAACCU